GGGAGCCACGCACUCCUUUAACAUCUAGCACUGCCCUGCCUAGACAUGUCCUCACAUCGUGAGCAUUAGAUCAACUUUUCUAGCCUAUCUACCGCUCGGAACUUCUCCCUGUUUUAUGGAUUCCUAUCCUUUUUGAUGGUGUCCACGCACCGGAUCCCGGGAUUUAGUAGGAGUCCCGCUGAUGCACUCCACGGUGGAUAUGUGGGAAAAGAAACGGAGGAGGUGAACCCAACAACUCUGCUAGAACUUCUCUGGCCGAAUCUGAUGGAGAUCAAUUCGAACGUUCGGACUGUACGCACAAGAUUCUAAUAGCCCCUGGUGAUUACGUGCUCUUUGCUCACCAUGGGAACAUACUUGACCACGCUGCUCUUAUUGCUGCUUCUGCAGCAUUUUGUGAAGUGUGAAGAAAGUCUACAGUAUUCUAUGUCCAUGCAGUUUACUCAGCACCAAUACAAUGCUACUGUGUACGAAAAUUCAGCUGCAAAGACCUACGUUGGUCACCCAACAAAGAUGGGUGUUUAUAUUCAAAGUCCCUCAUGGGACAUAAAGUACAAAAUUAUCUCUGGUGACUAUGAAAACAUUUUCAAAGCUGAAGAGUAUGUUCUUGGUGAUUUUUGCUUCCUGAGGAUACGAACCAAGGGUGGUAACUCAGCAAUUCUCAACAGAGAGGUCAAAGAUCACUACCUCCUCAUUGUAAAGGCUGUUGAGAAGAACUCAAAUGCUGAAGCACGCACAAAAGUUAGUGUUCAAGUACUAGACACGAAUGACUUGAGGCCUCUGUUUUCUCCCACUUCAUACAGUGUUUCUUUGCCUGAAAAUAAAGCAAUAAGGACCAGUGUUGCCAAAGUAAGUGCAACAGAUGCAGAUAUAGGAACGAAUGGAGAGUUCUACUACAGCUUUAAAGAGAGAACAGACAUGUUUGCUAUUCAUCCAACUAGUGGUGCUAUAAUAUUGACUGGAAAACUUGACUAUUCUGAGACCAAUAAGUAUGAGAUGGAGAUUCUGGCAGUUGACCGUGGAAUGAAAUUGUAUGGGACUAGUGGUAUUAGUAGUAUGGCAAGGCUUACUGUUCACGUGGAACAAGCAAAUGAAUAUUCACCUGUGAUUUCUGCCAUUACGCUGACUCCUUCUGAACUUGAUAAAGAUUUAACAUAUGCAAUUGUAACUGUAGAUGACCAUGACGAAGGGCCAAAUGGGGAAAUAGCCUCCCUCAGCAUAGUUGCCGGUGACCCUUUACAGCUUUUUAAGACUGUUAGAUCUGCUCCAGGAAGUAAAAAUUACAAAAUUGUGGCUUAUGGAGAGGUUGAUUGGGAGAAGUAUCCAUAUGGAUUCAACUUGACUCUCCAAGCAAAAGAUAAAGGAUCCCCUCCACAGUUUUCCUCUACCAAGGUCAUUAACUUGAUAUCCUCAAGGUUUAAACAAGGUCCAGUUAAAUUUGAGAAAGAAGUCUACAGGGCUGAAAUAAGUGAGUUUGCACCCCCUAAUACACCAGUUGCUAUGGUCAAAGCAUUACCGAGCUACCCUCACUUAAGAUAUGUUUUUAGAAAUGGUGUAGACAAAACAAGAUUUAGCUUAAAUCCCAUUACAGGCUUGAUUAGUACACUAUUACCCAUCAAAGCUAAACAAGCAUCACAUAUUGAUUUGGAUAUUCAGACAAGUGACAGAAAGGCUUUUACAAAAGUAAUGAUCAAAGUACUUGGUACGAACAGCAACGCCCCGGAAUUUACACAAAACACAUACAAAGGUGUGGUAGAUGAGAACGUACCAAUUGGCACCAGUGUCCUACGGGUUAGUGCCAUUGAUCACGAUGAAGGGGAGAAUGGAUAUAUAACCUAUAGCAUUUCUAAUCUGAAUCCUGUGCCCUUUGUGAUUGAUUCAUUUUCUGGCAUAAUUAGUACAAAUGAAAAGCUUGAUUAUGAAUUGAUGCCAAGGAUCUAUACAGUGAAAGUCAGAGCAUCCGACUGGGGUUUGCCGUAUCGCAGAGAAGUUGAAAUUCCUGCUACAAUCACUUUGAAUAAUUUAAAUGACAAUACACCUUUGUUUGAGAAGAUAAAUUGUGAAGGGACAGUCCCUAAAGAUCUUGGAGUUGGAGAACAAAUAACUACUGUUUCUGCUAUUGAUGCAGAUGAACUUCAGUUGGUAAAAUACCGAAUAGAAUCUGGAAAUGAGCUUGAUUUAUUUACAGUGAAUUCAAAUUCAGGAGUACUUUCUUUGAAACAGUCUCUGUUAGAUGGCCCUGGGAGUAAAGUCUCUUUUCACAGUUUGAGGAUUACAGCUACAGAUGGGGAAAACACUGCCAAAUCAAUUUACAUCAAUAUUACUGUGACAGCUAGUCGAAAGGUUGUGCAUUUAGACUGUGAAGAAACUGGAGUUGCCAAAAUGCUAGCUGAGAAACUUCUACAAGCAAAUAAGUUAUUUAACCGUGGCGCACCAGAGGAAGUUGAUUUUGACACACACUUGGCAAACCUGCAUUCACCUCAGUUUAAAAGUACACUUCCCAGUAGAAUUGUCAUUAAGGAAAAUCUACCUGUGGGAAGUAAUGUGAUUCAUAUGGAGGCCAACGACCUUGACACAGGUUUCAGUGGGAAAUUGGUAUAUGCUCUUUCAGAAGGAAACAAUGAUAGCUGUUUCAGCAUAGACAUGGAAAAUGGCUGGCUAAACAUUUUAUCUCCACUUGACAGAGAACUUAAAGACCAGUACACUUUAAAUAUUACUGUGUACGACCUUGGACUACCACAGAAGUCGGCAUGGCGUCUUAUAGAUGUUGGCAUUCUUGACGUAAAUGACAACUCACCAGAGUUCUUGCAGGACAGUUACUUUGUUGAAGUAAGGGAGAACGGAGAAGUAAAUCAGGUCUAUAUUAAAAUUGAAGCAAUAGACAAAGACCUGGGUACGAAUGGGGAAGUGAGAUAUUCCAUGGUUACUGAUAGUGAUAGUUUUGCCGUAGACAGUAAAACUGGAGAAGUCAGAGUUAUAACACCAUUGGAUCGAGAAAAACAUCCAGUACAUUUGCUCAAGAUAGAGGCUAGGGACCAAGCAGAAAAUGAACCUCAGUUAUUUUCCACUGUCCUUUUAAAAGUAAUAGUAGAAGAUGUGAAUGAUAACCCGCCAAUAUUUAUUCCAUCAAACUACCAUGUUAAAGCUAGAGAAGACCUUCCAGUGGGAACUGUUGUUGCAUGGUUAGAUGCCUAUGAUCCUGAUGUUGGUGUUGCAAGCCAAAUUCGAUACAGUCUUAUAGAAAAUGGAGAUGGAAAAUUUGAAGUAGAUAAAUUGAGUGGAGCAAUACGUGUAGUACAGGAGUUGGAUUUUGAAGAAAAACAAAUUUACAACUUGACGGCAAGGGCUAAAGAUAGAGGAAAGCCAACUUCUUUGUCAUCUACUUGUUACAUCGAAAUUGAAGUUAUUGACGUAAAUGAGAACUUGCAUGCACCUAGGUUUUCAAAUUUUGUACACAAAGGUGUAGUAAGAGAAGAUGCCCCAAUUGGGACACCAGUACUGACUGUUUCAGCUCACGAUGAGGACACAGGACGGGAUGGAGAAAUCAGAUAUUCCAUAAGGGAUGGAUCUGGAGUUGGAAUCUUCACAAUCAAUGAAGAAAAAGGUACUAUACGAACCUUGGACAUCCUUGACCGGGAAACUACUUCUCAUUACUGGCUGACCGUUUAUGCUACUGAUCGUGGAGUUGUUCCUCUUUCAUCUUUUAUCGAAGUGUACAUUGAUAUAGAAGAUGUCAAUGAUAAUGCCCCCCAAACAUCUGAACCUGUGUACUAUCCAGAAAUAGUGGAAAAUUCACCCAAGGAUGUGUCUGUUGUGCAGAUUACUGCUUUCGAUCCAGACUCCAGUUCUAAUGAGAAGUUAACCUACAAAAUCUCAAGUGGAAACCCUCAGGGAUUUUUUGCAGUAAAUCCCAAGACAGGUUUGAUAACGACUACAUCUAGAAGGCUAGAUAGAGAGCAGCAGGCGGAGCAUAUACUUGAGGUGAUUAUAACAGACAACGGGCAUCCUCCAAAGUCCACUAUUGCAAGAAUAAUUGUUAAAGUGUUGGAUGAGAAUGACAACAAACCAAUAUUUGUGCAAAAAGUCUACAAGAUCAGGCUGCCAGAACUAGAGAAACCUGAGAAGGAGAAGAAUGCCAAAAAGGAGCCAAUCUACAGAGUCUUUGCUGUGGACAAGGAUGCGGGUCCCAAUGCAGAGAUAUCAUACAGCAUUGAGGAUGGGAAUGAUGAAGGAAUGUUCUUUGUUGACCCUAAAACUGGAGCAGUUUCAUCAAAGAAGUUUUCUGCUUCUGGAGAGUAUGAUAUCCUCACGAUUAAAGCAGUUGAUAAUGGAAGACCUCAGAAAUCAUCAAGUGUUCGCUUACAUAUAGAAUGGAUUACAAAACCAAUGCCAUUAAAGGAACCAAUUUUGUUUGAUGAACAAUUUUUCACCUUUACUGUAAUGGAAAGUGAUCCUGUUGCUCAUAUGAUUGGCGUGAUAACUGCGCAACCUGUGGGUUCACCGAUGUGGUUUGACAUUACUGGUGGAAACUACGACAGCAGGUUUGAUGUGGACAAGGGCACUGGAACUAUCAUUGUUGCUGGACCUCUCGAUGCAGAACAGAAAUCUAAUUACAACUUGACAGUAGUGGCAACAGAUGGGACACGAUCUAUCAGUACACAGGUUCUAAUCAAAGUGAUAGACACAAAUGACCACAGACCAGAAUUUUCUACUCCAAAGUAUGAAGUUCUUAUCCCUGAAGAUAUUAAACCAGAGACGGAAAUUUUGCAAGUCACCGCCACUGACAGAGACGAGAAGAAUAAAUUGAUUUACACUUUGCAGAGCAGCACUGACCCUGUUAGUCUUAAGAAGUUUCGAAUAGAUCCAGCCACCGGCUCAUUAUACAUUGUUGAAAAAUUAGACCAUGAAACAAUGCAGCAGCAUAUCCUUACAGUGAUGGUGCGUGAUCAAGAUGUUCCUGUCCUGCGCAACUAUGCCAGAAUUGUUAUUAAUGUAACUGACACAAAUGACCAUGCCCCAUGGUUUACGAGCCCAUUCUACGAAGGUCGGGUGUAUGAAUCAGCAGCUGUUGGAUCCGCUGUACUUCUGGUUACUGCAUUAGAUAAAGAUAAAGGAAAGAACGCUGAAGUUGUUUAUUCUAUUGAGUCCGGGAACACUGCAAGUGCUUUUACAAUUGAUCCAGUUUUGGGGAUUAUCAAGACUGCAAAAGAACUUGAUCGAACUAACCAUGGUCAAUAUGAAUUAGUCAUUAGAGCAUCAGAUCGUGGCACUCCUCCAAUGAGUCAAAUAGCAUCUGUAAAUAUUAUCGUUACGAUGUCAGAUAAUGCCGUGCCUAAGUUUAUGAAGAAGGAGUUUUCAGCAGAAAUCAGUGAAACCGCCCGCAUUGGUACAUUUGUUGCUCUGCUGUCCGUUCACAGCCAGUCUUCUGUUAUCUAUGAAAUAAAGGAUGGGAAUAUAGGCAACACCUUUGAUAUCAAUCCUAGCUCUGGCUUUCUCGUAACACAGAAACACCUGGAUUUUGAAACAAUUCCUUCUUAUACACUUACUGUGCAAGCAACUAAUAUGGCUGGGUUGUCAACAAACACUUCUCUCGUAGUACAUGUUCGUGAUGAGAAUGACAAUUUCCCGGUUUUUGUGCAGAACGACUAUAUAGGACUAAUUAGUGAAUCAGCCUCAGCUAACAGUGUUGUUCUGACACAGAAAAAUAUCCCACUAGUAAUUCGGGCCACUGAUAAUGAUAGAGAAUCCAAUGCUUUGCUUGUCUAUCAAAUCGUCGAACCAUCAGUCCACAAAUAUUUUGCUAUUGACCCCAGCACUGGUGCAAUACGCACUUUAGUAAGUUUAGAUUAUGAACAGACAAAUAUAUUCCAUUUUACAGUUCAGGUACACGAUAUGGGCUAUCCUCGCUUAUUUGCAGAACAUGCUGCUAAUGUUACCAUAUAUGUGAUCGAUAUCAAUGACUGUCCUCCUGUGUUUGCUAAAGAUAUAUAUGAAGCUUCAAUUUUGAUACCUACAUACAAACAGUUGAGAGUUAUCACAGUUAAUGCAACAGAUGAUGACUCAGGACCUUUUUCACAGCUGAUUUAUACCAUCACUGAAGGCAACAUUGGCGAAAAGUUUGCAAUCGAUCCCUUAAAAGGAAUUAUAACUGUCCAAAAUACAAGUCCAUUAAGGAGCAGAUAUGAACUGACGGUACGAGCCUCUGAUGGCAAGUUUUUUAGCCUGGCGCCUGUUAAAAUAAAUGUGAAGGAAAGCAAAGAAAGUUCGUUGAAAUUCACACAAAAUACAUACACAGGGGAGGUGGAAGAAAACUCAUCCCAAGUGAAAACAUUGACCAUCAUAACUCCAGUGGGAAAUCGUAUCAAUGAACCUUUGUUUUUUAACAUUAUUAACCCAGAUGCUAGAUUUAAAAUUACCCAUACCUCUGGUGUGCUCUCCACUACAGGAGUACCAUUUGAUCGUGAACAGCAAGAUGUAUUUGAAUUGGUAGUAGAAGUCACUGAUGAGCAGAAGCCUCCAAAAGUUGCACAUGUUUUAGUGAAAGUCACCAUAAAAGAUGUCAAUGAUAACCGCCCAGUUUUUCUCAACCUACCUUACUAUGCAAUGGUACAAGUAGAUGCUGAAGUGGGACAUAUUAUAAGACAUGUGACUGCUGUAGAUCGGGAUAUUGGUGAAAAUGGUGAAAUCUACUACUACCUGAAAGAGCAUUCCCAAAACUUCCAGAUUGGGCUAUUUGGUGAGAUCACAUUGAAAAAGCAGUUUGAUCCUGAUUCAUUUAAUAAAGAAUAUUUCUUAAUUGUUGUUGCAAAAGAUGGAGGAAGCCCAUCAUUUUCUGCUGAAGCUCUGGUCCCAAUUACUGUAAUGAAUAAAGCCAUGCCAGUUUUUGAAAAACCUUUUUAUAGUGCUGAAAUAGCUGAAAAUGCACAGAUACACAGCCCUGUGGUACACGUGCAAGCCAAUAGCCCAGAAGGACUUAGAAUCAUUUACAGUAUCACAGAUGGUGAUCCAUUCAGUCAAUUUAAUAUCAACUUCAACACAGGAGUAAUACAUGUUUUUGCUCCUCUUGACUUUGAAUCCCAUCCAGCUUACAAGCUGAGAAUACGAGCAACAGACUCCCUCACUGGGGCACAUGCUGAGGUUUUUGUUGAUAUAAUCUUGGAGGAUGUUAAUGAUAACCCACCUGUGUUCAGAGAGAAAACAUAUGCUGCCACCUUGUCUGAGGCCUCCAUAAUUGGAACAUCUGUUGUGCAAGUAUAUGCUUUGGAUGCAGAUUCAGAACAGAAUAAUGCAAUUUCCUAUCACCUUGUUGGAAACAAUGGCAAUACGUCCCAGUAUUUUCACAUAGACAGCAGCAGUGGACUCAUAACAACUGCAAAGUCAUUGGAUUAUGAGCACUUUCAAGUUUACAGCUUAAUAGUAAGAGCUGCUGACAAUGGAAAUCCACUGUUAAGCAGUGAUACCAUAGUACUAGUAAGACUAACUGAUCUCAAUGACAACCCACCUGUUUUUACUCAACAACUUUACGAAGCUAAAAUUAGUGAGCUUGCCAGGCGUGGACACUUUGUCACUUGUGUGAAAGCCACAGAUACAGACCAAUCAGAUGCAGAAAAAUUGGAAUAUUCCAUACUUUCUGGGAAUGAAGACUUGAAUUUUGUUAUUAAUAGGGAAAGUGGUAUAAUAACAGUCUCUAACCUUCGGAAAUUAGUUCUGCAUCCCUUCUACACUCUGAAUGUGUCUGUCUCAGAUGGUGUUUUCAGAAGUUCAGCUCAAGUUCGCAUUGCAGUUAUAUUCGCCAACUUGCACAGCCCCAGUUUUAGACAGAAUGAAUAUGAAGUGGAACUUUCUGAAAAUUCUCCAUUGCAAACACUUGUCGCUGAACUUAAAGCUGUAGAUGAGGAUGAAGGACUCUAUGGUCAUAUCACAUAUCAUAUUCUCAAUGAGUUUGCUAAGGAUAACUUUUAUAUUAAUGACAGAGGACAGUUAUUUACUGCAGAAAGACUUGAUCGUGAAAAUCCAACUAAUAAGUUUAUCCCUAUAAGUGUAAUGGCAAAAGAUAUAGGUGGAAAAGUUGGCUUUUGCACUGUUAAUGUGAUACUUACUGAUGAUAAUGAUAAUGAUCCACGAUUCCGAUCUGCUGAGUACAAAGUUAGCAUUGCAUCAAAUAUUCCCCGUGGUUCCACAGUUGUCAAAGUAGUUGCAUCUGAUUGUGAUGAAGGAGCAAAUGCUGAUAUAUCCUAUUCUAUUGAAGCCACAUCUGAAAGUGUUGAAGAAAAUUUUCAAAUCAACCAAUUUUCUGGUACAAUUAUCACAAAAGAAAGCUUAGUUGGAUUAGAAGAUGAAGUCUACUCAUUCUUUGUUAAAGCAGCUGAUGGAGGAUCUCCACAAAGAGAGUCUAUUGUCCCUGUGUUCAUAAGAAUAAUCUCUCCCGAAGUGGUGCAACCAACAUUUUUAGAACCGUUUUAUACAUUGAGUGUUUCUGAGGAUACCUCAAUUGGUACAGAACUUGACAUUAUCCGAGCAGAAAAUAGUCAAUCAGUAACAUAUUCUCUGGUGAAAGGAAACACACCUGAAAGCAAUGUUGGUGAAAUUUUUGUAAUUGACAAACAAAAUGGCCGUAUAAAAAUAGAGAAAGCACUAGAUCAUGAAGUUACAAAAUGGUACCAGUUUUCAGUGCUAGCAGAAAGCAUCCAUGAGGAUCAAGAGGUUGUUUACUCUGUAGAUGUCAAUAUUCAAGUCAAAGAUGUUAACGACAAUAAACCUGUUUUUGAGGCAAACCCUUAUGAAGCAUUUGUUGUAGAAAAUCUUCCUGGAGGGACAAAAGUUAUCCAAGUGAAAGCAGUUGAUUUGGAUUUUGGGCCAAAUGGGCACAUUUCGUUCAUACUGGCAGAUUCACAAGAACCACAGGAAAUAAAGCAGCUUUUCUCAGUAGAUUUGGAAACUGGAUGGGUCACCACUGUUGGUGAGCUUGAUCAUGAGAAAAUUGAUAAGUACAACAUUGUAGUCAUUGCAUAUGAUCAUGGUGAUGAGGUGCUGUCCUCCACAACUGUGGUUGAAGUAACCGUUAUGGAUGAAAAUGACAAUCCUCCUCGAUUUACUGCAGAAAUGUAUAGAGGCACAGUAAGCGAAGAUGAUCCUCCAGGUGGUGUGAUUGCUAUCUUGAGUACCACAGAUGAGGACUUUGAAGAGGUUCACAAAGAAAUCACAUACUACAUCACAGGAGGAGACCCCCUGGGACAGUUUGCUAUAGAAAAUAUGCAGAACGAAUGCAAAGUCUAUGUGAAAAAAUCUCUUGACAGAGAAGUGAAGGACAACUAUAUUCUCAACAUAACAGCAACUGAUGGAAUGUUUGCAAGUAGGGCUGUGGUGGAAGUGAAAGUUCUUGAUGCCAAUGAUAACAGUCCAAUAUGUGAUAAGAAUUUCUAUGCGGAAACAAUCGCAGAAGAUGCCUUACCUGGAAAAGUAAUUCUACAAGUUUCUGCAACUGAUGCAGACAUUCGCUCCAAUGCCGAGAUCACUUACACUUUGCAUGGACUGGGUUCGGAGAAAUUUCACCUCCAUCCACUUAUUGGUGAACUGAAAACCUCAUUACCCCUUGAUCGUGAGACACAAGAGGUUUACCACCUCACGGUAAAAGCCACCGAUGGAGGAGGAAGGUUCUGUGAAGCUUAUGUUGAGCUGACCUUAGAAGAUAUAAAUGACAAUGCUCCAGAGUUUUCUGCAGAUCCUUACACUGUUACUGUGUUUGAAAAUACAGAGCCCAAGACGCCCCUGACAAGAGUUCAGGCCAUUGAUGCAGAUACAGGACUUAAUCAGAAGGUGCAAUAUUCAUUAGUUAACUCGGCAGAAGGUCAAUUCUCAAUUGAUGAGUUGUCUGGAACAAUUAUUUUGGAGAAGCCCUUGGAUCGAGAAUUGCAAGCAGCUUAUACUCUGGCUGUCAAAGCUACAGAUCAAGGUUUACCUCGAAAACUUUCUACAGUUACAAGUGUUGUGGUGUCUGUCUUGGAUAUUAAUGAUAAUCCACCAGUGUUUGAACUCCGAGAAUAUGGAGCAAACUUGUCAGAAGAUGUUGAAAUCGGAACAGAGGUCCUUCAGGUCUAUGCUACUAGCAGAGAUAUUGAAGUCAAUGCAGAAAUAUUGUAUAAAAUAAUCAGUGGAAAUGAACAUGGAAAAUUUAGUAUAAAUCCACUUACAGGAUCUAUAUUUGUUAUUGAGCAUCUGGACUAUGAAGCCUCACCUGAGUAUUACUUGACAGUAGAGGCCACAGAUGGGGGCACUCCACCUCUGAGUGAUGUUGCGACUGUGAACAUUAAUGUGACUGAUGUCAAUGACAAUUCACCAGUGUUCACGCAAAGCACAUACACUGCUGUUGUUAGUGAAGAUGCAGUAUCUGGACAACCUGUUAUCAUGGUUGUUGCAGAUGAUGUUGAUGGACCUUUGAACAAUCACAUACGAUACUCCAUUACAGACGGCAACCAGGGGAAUACAUUUCUCAUUGAUCCUGUAAGAGGGGAAGUUAAAGUGAAUAAACUUUUAGACAGAGAGAAGAUUUCCGGAUAUACGUUAACUAUUCAAGCUGAGGAUAAUGGCAAUCCUUCAAGGCUUAAUACCACAACUAUUAACAUUGAUGUAUCUGAUGUCAAUGACAAUCCACCAAUUUUCUCACAGGAGAAUUAUAGCCUUAUUAUUCAAGAGAACAAGCCGGUUGGUUUCAGCGUCCUGCAGCUGAUCGUGACUGACAAAGAUUCUUCACACAAUGGUCCACCUUUCACUUUCUCUGUUUUGAGUGGUAAUGAAGAAAGCACGUUUCAGAUUGACCAGCAAGGAGUAGUUAAAACUGCAGCCACAUUGAAUAGAAAAAUAAAUCACCACUUCCUUCUACGUGUACAGGUAUCUGAUAAUGGGAAACCACAGUUAUCAUCUGUAACCAACAUUGAAGUGCGUGUAAUUGAGGAAAGCAUCUACCCUCCAGCAAUCUUACCAUUAGAGAUAUAUAUUACAACAUAUGGAGAUGAAUAUGCUGGAGGUGUGAUUGGAAAGAUCCAUGCAACGGACCAGGAUGUGUAUGAUACCCUAACAUACAGUUUAGAAAGCUCUAGCAGUUCUAAAGCAGAAAACCUAUUUUCUGUUUCAAGCACAGGGGGAAAAUUGAUUGCUCACAGGCGAUUGGAUGUUGGUCAAUAUCUAUUAAAUGUUAGUGUCACUGAUGGAAAGUUUACCACGGCAGCCGAUAUCACAGUAAGUAUACGACAGAUUACACAGGAGUUGCUAAAUCAUAGCAUAACUUUUCGGUUUGCAAACCUUUCCCCAGAGGAGUUCAUUGGGGAUUACUGGCGCAACUUCCAAAGGACAUUGAAAAAUCUGUUGGGUGGGCGCAAAAUAGAUGUCCAGAUUGUUGGCUUGCAACCUUCAGAUCCACCAUCUCAUCUUGAUGUCCUGCUGGCAAUAGAUAAACCUGGCAGCACAUUUUUUCCACCCAAAUUUCUAAUUCAAAAACUAAAUGCCAGCAUUGCUGAUAUUGAAGAUUUUAGUGGUGUUAAAAUUCUCAGCGUCUUCCACAAGCUCUGUGUUAAUGUUGAAUGCCCUCAAAGGUUUUGUGACGAAAAAAUAUCUGUGGAUGAGAAUAUGAUGUCAACACACAGCACUGCAAGGUUGAGCUUUGUCACACCAAGACACCAAAGGAAGUCCAUAUGUUUGUGUAAAGGAGGAAAGUGUCCAAUUAUAAACAAUCUGUGUGAUGCAGGCUCAUGUCCUGAAGGAACAGAAUGUGUUGUGGAUGAAAAAGAAGAAAACUACAACUGUGUUUGCCCAGAAGACAAUCUUGGACAAUGUCAAACUGACUCAUCAGUAACAUUUUCUGGAAACAGUUAUAUAAAGUACCGAUUACUGGAAAACGAGAACAAGGAAGAAAUGAAACUUGAAAUGAAGCUUAGAACUUAUUCUGCUCAUGCAAUUGUCAUGUAUGCAAGAGGAACAGACUAUAGCAUCCUCGAGAUCCAAGGAGGCAAGCUUCAGUAUAAAUUCGAUUGUGGCGGUGGCCUUGGAGUAGUGUCUGUUCAGAGUAUCCAUGUGAAUGAUGGUUUGUGGCACACCGUGUCACUACUAGUAGAUGGUAACUAUGCAAAACUGGUUUUGGAUCGUGUAUACGUUGCAUCUGAUAUGGCUCCUGGCACCCUUCGUACGCUCAACCUUGACAAUUAUGUCUAUUUUGGUGGUCAUACGCUACAAGGAUCAAAACAUGGGAGAAAUCCUCAAGGGAAUAAGGGAUUGAGAGGGUGCAUCGACUCUGUUGUAUUAAAUGGACAGGAGCUCCCUCUGAAUAGUAAAUCGAAGAAUUAUGCACACAUAGAAGAAUCUGUGGAGAUAUCCCAAGGGUGUUCCCUAAGUAGUGCUGAUGUCUGCUCUGGAUAUCCCUGCCAGAAUGGGGGUGUUUGUUCCCCGACAUCCAGUGGAGGAUACUAUUGCAAAUGUACUUCAUCAUUCAAGGGCACACGUUGUGAAAAAAGUGUUAAUCCUUGUGCAUCAAAUCCAUGCCUCUAUGGUGGUACCUGCAUUGCUGUUAAGGAUGAUUUUAAGUGCCAAUGUCGGGGAGAUUACACAGGACAAAAGUGUCAGUUAGGUCCUUUUUGCAAAGAUAACCCUUGUCAGAACAGUGGAAAAUGCAUUGAUAGUUUGGAUGGUCCAGUAUGUGAAUGUGAACCUGGGUUCCAAGGAGAAAGGUGCCUCGUUGAUGUGGAUGAAUGUGAAGUUGGUCUCUGUCCUAAUGGUCAUCACUGUGAAAACACAUAUGGCUCCUACCAAUGUAACUGUAGUAAUGGAUAUGGAGGGGAGCAGUGCACGGAGAUCGCUCUUAACAAAAUGGUCUCAACAUCUUGGAAUAUUGGAUUGGCUGAAGUCAUUGGCAUCAUUGUGUUUAUUGCAGGAGUAUGCUGCUUAGUGAUCAUUUUUGUUGUGUGCCGUGUGGUGGCUAAUAAGAAAAGAAAGAGAAGAUUAGAAGCUGAAAACAAAAAUACUGGCUCCGCUUCAUCAGCAUUUUUGCAAAGACCAUUUUUGGAUCCCAAAGUGAAUAUUUAUUCAGAUAUCCCACCCCAGGUGCCUGUUCGUCCCAUUUCCUAUACUCCAAGCAUUCCAAGUGAUUCUAGGAAUAAUCUGGACCGAAACUCCUUUGAAGGAUCAACCAUUCCAGAACACCCAGAGUUUAGCACUUUCAAUCCUGACUCAAUACAUGGACACAGGAAAGCAGUAGCUAUUUGCAGUGUUGCUCCAAACUUGCCACCUCCUCCGCCAUCGAAUUCCCCUUCAGACAGUGACUCUAUACAAAAACCAAGUUGGGAUUUUGACUACGAUGCUAAAGUUGAUCUUGACCCGUGUCUUUCAAAGAAGUCUCUGGAUGAAAAGCCGUGUCAUCUAUACAAUCCUCGUGAAAGCCUUUCUGAAAUACAGUCUCUAAGUUCCUUCCAGUCCGAAUCCUGUGAUGAUAAUGCUUCCAUUGUGACAGUAAUACACCUUGUCAAUGCUGUUGUUGACUCGGUGGAAAAAGAAGAUUCUUUUGCAGUUCCUGAUGUCAGGAAUUCACGAGGUUAUCACUGGGAUACUUCAGACUGGAUGCCUAGUGUCCAGUUGCCAGAUAUUCAGGAAUAUCCUCAUUAUGAAGUUGCUGAAGAACCAGCUCCUCUCUACACAGACCCUACUGCCAUUGAGACAGAUUAUUAUCCUGGAGGGUAUGACAUAGAAACUGACUUUCCACCUCCACCAGAUGACUUCACUUUGCCAGAUGAGCUUCCACCACUGCCACCAGCGUACACGGAAUUGUUUGAUUCAAUGCAAACGCCUAGAGAAAUGCCAAAUGUAGGCAGCUUGGGUUCAUCAACAAAAAGUAAUCAGAGAUAUAUCCUAAACAAGUACCUUCCACAUCACCAAUAUUCAACAAGUAUGGCAGAACCUCAAAGCACUACCAGUGGAGAUGGCAAUAGUUAUAGAGAUCCUUAUGCUGCUUCUUACAUGUUAGGGUAUAAUAGAGACUUUGAAGUCCCCAUGGUGGACAACAUGUCCAUGUCUGGAUACACUUCUGCAGCUUCAUGCACUGAUGUGUCUGCAUGCUGUGAAAUGGAGUCAGAGGCCAUGAUAAGUGACUAUGAGAGUGGAGAUGAUGGUCACUUUGAAGAUGUGACAAUACCUUCUCUAGAUCCCCAACAUCACACUGAAGUCUGACACCAUAAAAAGUGCCUGGACAUUUUUCAUUUUCAAAAAGUCUAAUAAUGAAAUUCUAUAUUUGUGAUAUACUUUUUUGUUUUCUUGUUCUUUUGAAUUUCUGUAGCAAUGCUUUCAUGCUGUUCUUUUAUUAAGCGAUAUCAGACAUGACUAGCCUUGGCCAUGCUGACUUCAUUCCCAAAAGUACAAUUGUGAAGACAAUGGAUAAGCUGCUUCCACUCCACUUUUUAUAAGGUCUUUUCUGUUUAAUGACUUAUUUUUUUAAUUUUUUUUUUCCAUAAAUAAUUUUCUUAGAAAAAAAUACCACUACAACAUGGUAGCAUGAAAUAUGUAUUUAUAAAGUUUGAAAUUUUACUUUUAUCCUUUUUCCACUUGUAAAUGCAAUGUACAGUUUUGAUUUUAAUAGCAUUAACUAGAUUUUGUAGAUAUUUUGUGGAUUUAUUUUUCUUUUGAACAUUAGCGAUUUCAAGGUCUGCAUUUUGUACUAGGAAGCAGAUUAUUCCAAUUAUAGGGGCUUCACUCUCUCUUAUUCCACUGAGGUUUUAACUUCUUCGAGUGAUUUCCAGGUAUAUUUAAAGUAACAGCUGAGCAUAAGCAAAGACUAAGUUGGACACAACGGAUUAAAAAAAAAAAAAAAUGUCUAUAUUCUAGCAUUUUUCGCUUCUUGGAAAGUGUAAUGGGGACCCACUGCAUACCUGUUUAGAACCAAAAUCACCAUGACACGGUUUUUAUGGUGUCUGUAUAUUUGUGAUGCAAUGGUCUUGUAAAGGUUUUUACUGAAACUACCAUUAGCCAGUCUUUCUUACUGACAAUAAAUUAUUUUAAAAAAGA